AUGAGUGAUGAACAGCAGCCGGCAUCUUCAUCACCCACGUCGGGUUGUCCAAUCAUCACCAGCAAUGGCACCACGUCGCCUCCACCAGCCAUCAUUGCAAAGAAGCGUAUGUUGAAAUCUGUCAGCCUUCAAACACACAAUUUGGAGCGUAUCGAUCAAUUUCGUGGCAAUAAGAACGAUGCAACAGACACCGAGAUGAACCAGGGCCUGUUGGGUGAAAUCCGAAAGAUGCAUUAUCUUUUGCAGCAAACACAAGACUCGGUCAGCACAUUGCAACAAGAAAAGGCUGAACACCAACGGCAAAUGAACACAUUCAAAAAGCAGCUUAAACAAAAGAGUGAUAAAGAAGAGCAGCUGAAUGAGGAAAUUUGGAACUUGGAGCUUGCCAAACAAGAUUUGACGCAGCAGCUGCAUGAUACAUCACACGAAUUAUCUCGUACGAUCGCUGAACAAAAACGUCUCGCUCAAAAUGAGGUGGCACUCCUGCAUGAGUUGGAUCGAUUACGCACCGCCGAGCAUCAACAUGUUGAAGAACGAGAUAAGAUGCGUCAUGAAUACGAGCAUGAAAUGAUUGCAAUGAGGAAAAAAGUGUCCCAGCUCACGCGUGACAACAACAAAUUGACACAUGAAAAGAACAGCAUCAUUCAUCAUCGUGAACAAUCGCCACCAGCACCUGCAGCACAACCAGGGAUCAACACAAAGCAGCAACAACAAUAUGAGGAAUCAUUGAAGAUUGAGAUUGAAACGCUUCAAUCGUCUUUGAAUCAUGCACAUGCUUCUAUCAAAGAGCUAGAGACUCGAUUGCACGCUGAACAAAUGGAGCACGCCAAUAUGGACAAGUUAUUGCAAGAAGCACAAGAGUGUGCUGCAUCACAAACAUUCUGGGAUCAUCAGCCUGCAUCCCUUGGUGACGAAUUGAUGCAGGCAAAGAAUGCUGCUCCUCCUCCUCCUCCUACAAGGACUGAAAAUCAGGACACCUUAUUCGAGCAUCAACAUUUACCAUCGAAUCAAGUGCCACCUGAAUAUGAUUCAUCCAUGAAAGAAUGGCAAAUUGUCAGCCUAGAAUCGUUUUCCAACACCUUGAAUGAAGAAGCACCGAUACCGGAUGAUGAUGGUGAUGAUGAUGAUACAGCAAACUUGGAAGCAAGCAACGAUCAAGAGCAAGGGGUAGAAGAGGAAUCUGUAGUAGCAGGAUUACCAAAGGAUGAGAAUUAUGGAUCACUCCUGAUGAACCCCAAAUCCUACAUUUAUGCAGCAACUCGGCAAAGUGAACAACCAUUGAUCAGCCCUGCGCGUGCCACUGCAUUCGAUUUUGACCCUGCAUUUGCCAGCAAACAUCAUGAUGAUGAUGGUAGCCAUGGCGACACCAACCCUCUAUCAGGCAACAUUUUGGCCACCAAUACCAACCUGGUGCCAGCAGUGACACGUACCAUGAUUGGCGAUUGGAUGAUCAAGUAUAUGCGUAAACGAGUGGGUACAGGCAUGUCGGAGAACAAGCAUAAACGUUUCUUUUGGGUGCAUCCUUAUACACGGACUUUGUAUUGGGGGCCAAAGGAACCAGGUGCCAAUGCAGACAAUGCCAAGAGUGCCACGAUCGUCUCAUUUAGAGUUGUACCGGAUGGUCUGGAGCCGCCAAGUAUUUUGAUCGAGACACGUACACGUGAAAUCAAGAUUCGAUGCCUCACUAUUCUCGCUCAUAGAGCAUGGAUCAAGGCACUCCAUUAUUUGGUCGUUGAAGAGAUACCAGCAGAACUCCAAAAGAGCCUCUCACAAAGCUUUUUACAAAUGUCGGCGGCGGACAAGAAACCCAUUGACAAUGGAUCCCUCCCUUUCUAUCAAUUUUCAUUUGAUGCAGCGGCCUCACGAUGA